AUGACGGUGUUCGGCCACACAGGAGGAGGUGGUGGUUUCCUAGCCGGAAAACAGGUGUUUCCGGUGGACUAUGAAGCGGAGGUAUCUCAACGCCUUCUCGAAUCUUCGCACUGUAAUGAUCUGAAAUCGGCGUUGGAAUGUAUAUCCGAUCCGUUCGUCGACGUUAACUUUACCGGCGCUGUGUGCUUGAAGGUUCGAAAGACGGAGGUUGUGUUGCGGGACGAAUUGCCGAACGAAGUUCGAGUCGAGUACGAAGAGUUCAGGACCGACGUUACGGCAUUGUUCCUCGCUGUUCAUACCGGAAAUGUGACUCUCGUGAGAAAACUCCUGAGUAUGGGAGCCGAUGUGAACCAGAAACUUUUCAGGGGCUUUGCAACAACUGCAUCAGUAAGGGAGGGCCACCUUGAGAUCUUGGAGAUCUUACUCAAAGCUGGGGCAUCUCAGCUGGCUUGCGAGGAGGCUCUGUUAGAGGCCAGCUGUCAUGGGCGUGCAAGACUUGUGGAGGUGCUUAUGGAAUCUGAUCUGGUUCGGCCCCAUAUUGCCGUGCAUGCUCUUGUUACCGCUUGCUGCCGAGGGUUUGUGGAUGUGGUGGAUGCUCUCUUGAAGUGUGGAGUGGAUGUGAAUUCAACUGAUAGGGUGCUGCUUCAAUCAUCUAAACCUCCUUUGCACACAAAUGUUGACUGUACUGCACUUGUAGGUGCUGUUGUUAGUAGGCAGGUCGCUGUUGUCCGUCUGCUACUACAGGCAGCUGGUGUGAGGACACAGAUUAAAGUGCCCUUGGGAGCUUGGUCAUGGGAUACGGCUUCAGGUGAAGAAUUUAGAGUGGGUGCAGGACUGGCAGAGCCCUAUGCCAUCACCUGGUGUGCAGUGGAAUAUUUUGAAGCAAGUGGUGCCAUUUUCCAAAUGCUCCUCCAACACAUCUCCCCCAACAACCUUCACUAUGGAAGAUCUCUCCUCCACCAUGCCAUCCUAUGUGGCAAUACAGGAGCCACUAAGGUCCUCUUGAAUUGUGGCACCGACAUAGAGUCCCCUGUUAAAACCUCCGAGAAAACCGAAUUUCGUCCAAUACACAUGGCUGCCCGUCUCGGAUUGUCAACUAUUCUUCAAUGCCUGAUUGACUCUGGCUGUGAUCUGAAUGCAACAACAAACACUGGUGAGACAGCUCUGACGAUUUGUGCAAAAUACAAGCAAGCAGACUGCCUUAGGGUGUUGGCAACAGCUGGUGCCGAUUUUGGCUUGGUCAAUAUAGCAGGCCAGUCCGCUAGUUCAAUUGCUGGGUCAAAUCGAUGGUGCCUCGGUUUUCAGCAAGCUGUGCUAAACUUAAUUAGGGUCGGAAAGGUUCCCAAAUCAAGCAACAUUUCUGUCUUUUCACCUCUAAUGUUUGCCGCUCGAUCAGGAGAUGUUCAAGCCUUAAGAGCUCUGAUUGAGCAGGGAGAAAUUAACCUUGAUAGUCAGGAUGACAAAGGUUUCUCGGCAGUCAUGGUUACUGCCAUGGAGGGACAUGUUGAAGCCUUCCGGUUGCUUGUAUAUGAGGGGGCUGAUGUAAAGCUCAGUAACAAACUUGGCAAGACAGCGAUUACGCUGUCUAAAUUGAAUCAGAAUCACGAUCAAUUUGAGAAGGUACUGCUUGAAUUCGCCCUUGAAAAGGGGAGUCAGUGCGCUAGAGGUUUUUAUGCCCUGCAUUAUGCAGCUCGCCGGGGAGACUUAAAUGCAGUUAAAUUGUUGACAAGUAGGGGUUAUGAUGUGAAUGUUGCUGAUGGGGAUGGCAACACACCACUGAUGUUGGCAGCAAGAGAAGGCCAUGGAAGCGUGUGCAAGCUUUUGAUCUCUAGUGGAGCACGUUGUGAUGUCAAAAAUGCAAAGGGUGAAACUGUACUUUCACUAGCAAGAAAGAAUGGUGGCAUGCAAAAUAAUACAGUGUGUAUAAUACUUGAUGGGCUUGCUCGUAAGCUGGUGUUAAGCGGUGCUAAUGUGCAGAAGCACACCAAGGCAGGGAAAGGAGCUCCACAUAAGAAAUUUCUCAAAAUGUUGGGAAAUGAAGGGGUACUGCAGUGGGGGCGUUCCAGCCGGAGAAAUGUGAUAUGCGGAGAUGCCGAGGUGGGACCAAGCUCUGGUUUUCGGAGGUUCAGGCAAAGGAAAGGUGAUGGCGAUGUACCCGGACUGUUUCGUGUAGUCACAACAAAUAAGAAGGAAUUCCAUUUCGUGUGUCAGGGUGGACUGGAAACGGCGGAGCUGUGGGUGAGAGGAAUAAAGCUUGUGACAAGGGAAGGAAUGUUUGGUAAGAUGGAGAGUGGUCCAUGAAUCGGGAAGUUAUAUCUAGAAUAUUUAGACAAUGUUGCCUAAUACUUCGUCUUGAAGUAUUUGCAAUUUUUCAUUCACAUUGUAAAUGGUUUGAUUUUCCUAGCUGUAAAUGCAUUUUGCAGAAUUAAUAUCUGUGGAAAAGGCAAACAUAGUUUGUGCGUAAGUGAGUGAGC